AUGAUGCAAGAGGUUGCGAAGGUUCAUCAGAACUAUUCUAUCCUUCAUAAUAAGGUAGAUAUAGUUGCUGAUGCAGUAACGAAGCUUGAUGAGUAUCAUACUUCAAUGAAUUCUAAAGAGUUUGUACAUCUACAAGGCUUAUUGGAAAAAGUGAAGGAGAAGAUUUCCAAACUUGAAAUUCCUCCUUCUUCAACAGUUUCUCAAGAGUCUAUCUCACAGAUGCUUUCCUCAUUAGAAACACGUUUGAAGGCUGAUUUCGAUCGUCUCUUGAAGUAUAUAAAUUUGAUGCCCACAGUUGCCCCACCUGUUUCCACAGGGGUGCAAGGGGGAGAAAAUGGAGUUGGUGCAUCAAAUGAUACAAAACAAGGGAAAGUUGUUGGUAGAGUUAUAAGAAAACAAAUUCCUACUACAAUUCUUGUAUCUACAACAGUCACUUCAACAACCAUAACUUCGAAGCCCUUGAAAGGAAUUGUCAUUGGUUCAUCAACUGGUGGGUCAAGUUCUAAGCCACUUCCAUCAACAGAAGAAUUAAAGGGAAAAGGAAAGGGUGUUUUGAUAGAACCAACUUCCGAAGAGAAAAACUUGUCCUUGGAAUAG